CUUCGUGACGUCAUGAUCACAGCAGCGCAGGGAUAUCGUUCCCAUCCAUUAGCGGCUAAAUGGCUAAGGAUCGCUAACGCCAGCUAUGAUUCAUCUUUUAGCUCUUUAUAAAAAUGAAGACUGUUUCGUAACAGAAAAAAUGUUUGGAUCAAAGCAAAGCGGAAGCAAGGAGAGUGUUGGUUUAUAUCGUUAAGGAAGCGAGGGAUGUGUUUGUCAAACUGAUGCCAGGCUGUAGGUGGCACCAGUCAGGAUCAUGAAUGGAGGUGUGGACCACACAGAUAUCCUGACCGUGGGAGAUGUGGUCAGGGACAGGUGGAAAGUGAUCAGGAAGAUAGGCGGGGGCGGCUUUGGGGAGAUCUAUGAAGUUCUGGACCAGUUGAGUCAGGCCACUGUGGCACUGAAGGUUGAGUCCGCUCAGCAGCCCAAGCAGGUGCUGAAGAUGGAGGUGGCUGUGCUGAAGAAGCUUCAGGGCAAAAACCAUGUGUGUCGCUUUGUGGGUUGUGGCAGGAAUGAUCGCUUCAACUACGUGGUGAUGGAGCUGCAGGGGAGGAAUCUGGCAGACCUGCGCAGAACUAUGAGCCGGGGCACGUUUUCCGUCUCCACAACGUUGAGACUUGGCAAGCAGAUUUUAGAAGCCAUUGAAAGCAUCCAUUCUGUUGGUUUUCUGCACCGUGACAUCAAACCAUCGAACUUUGCCAUGGGAAGACUUGCCAGUACCUGCAGAUGCUGCUAUAUGCUCGACUUUGGUUUGGCUCGUCAGUUUACCAACUCAAAUCAGGAAGUCCGACCACCUCGUCCGGUUGCAGGUUUCAGAGGAACUGUGCGAUACGCUUCAAUCAACGCUCACAAGAACAAGGAAAUGGGUCGUCAUGACGACCUCUGGUCUCUCUUCUACAUGCUAGUUGAGUUCAUGGUCGGGCAGCUUCCCUGGAGGAAAAUAAAGGAUAAGGAGCAAGUAGGAAAUCUUAAAGAAACGUACGACCAUCGUCUCAUGCUGAAGCACCUCCCCUCAGAGUUUAGUACGUUCCUGGAUCACAUUAUGACCUUGGACUACUUCACCAAGCCUGACUAUCAGCUCCUGACGUCAAUGUUUGACAGUGCCAUGAAGAGCCACAAUGUGCUGGAGAAUGACCCCUAUGACUGGGAGAAAUGUGACUCGGAGGAUGUGCUGACCAUCACUGCCGCAGCGAACACUGCUCAGCAGCUCACUCGCCUCACACCGGCUUACCUCGGCAUGGCCAACGCUUCAGUGCUGCCAGGAGAGCUGCAGCGGGAGAACACAGAGGAUGUCCUUCAAGGGGAGCGCCUCAGUGAUGCCGACAACUGCCUCCCCAUCCCUACACCGACAGCCCCUGGUGGAGAUGUGUGGGAGGAGAUGGACCGCAACCGAAACCAUAAACGUGCCCAGCCCAUGAUCAGGAAGGUGGUGAGUGAAGAUGAACACAGUCAAAAUCAGGGGAACCAGAGUCCCAACACCGGCUCCAUGCAGAGUUCACCCAGACGAGUCCGAUCAGAAACGAUGUUCUUAGACAGAGCUGCUCCGCUGCUCCGGAGGAUGAGGCACAGCCAGAGCUUGGCGUUCGAGAAGAGGCUCGCCCCCGAACCCAAACCCACCAUCGAACGCUUCCUUGAGGCCUAUCUAGGAAAACAGCGUCCAGUCCUUCCCUGUGUUGGGGAGAAGUCCAUUCCUGAGAAAGAAAAUGGGAUGCACACCCCUUCCUCCAAUCAGGAGCAUUCUGGGACACCCACGGUUGAUCCAGAGGAGGGUGCAGCCAGCAGCGGCUUUGUCGCCGUGACCGCCAGCCCCGUGCCACAGGAGGGAGACUCUCAGGAGUGGGUGAUGCUGGAGCUCGAGCAAGGCAGUGGCUCCGCAGGAAGCAAGCCCCCCGCAGAUGUGAAGCACGAGGACAAGCGUGGGACCCACAUCCCUGUUGAAGCUCAAAAGUCAGAGCCGCAUGAUGAGAAGACCAGUCCUGCAGCUCCCAGCAGCCCCGUCCUGUCACAGAUGGCCAUGCCCGGCACGUGGUUACUGGGUCACCGGAGGCUGCCAGGAAUGCUGGGACAAAUGCCCUCAGUGGUGAUGGGAAGACCCCCGAUGGAGCAGUCACCAGUUCUGAAAAACGAUGGCGUUGCCUUGGAAGAAACAUCCGUUCAAUUGGAGGAACUUGCAGAAGAAGGCUUAAAGAAUGGGGGCCACUUGGAUUCAGCUGCAGCAUUAAGCCCAGCUAAGGCCAUUGCAGCCCACCUGACUAAAGAUCGAGACCCUGAGAGUGACUCUGGUCUGCCGGACCGCUCCUCUGAACCGAAUCAGCAGUUGCAGGCUGACACGGUCGGAGGCGCUGUGGAGAGCACAGUCACCGUCUCCUCUUCUCCUCCUCCAGCUCUGCUUAGACAAAAAGAUUCUCCCUCUUCCCCGAGACUCAGUCGAAUCCCAGUAAGAGACCCCAGCAACCCCUUGGACUCUCCAAGCAGGGACCUGAACCUGGAGAAGCGACACCGCUGGAGCAGCCCGGUCCCCGGCUCCCCUACGCACUCCCCCUCGCCCUCUCUGUCCUGCGAUAACCUGCCCUGCGCUUUGCCAAGAGACAGACUUUCCUACGAAAGAGGCUCUCGGUCGGAUUGCGUGGGAGAAGAUCCCCUUUCUUUGUCGUCUUCUUCAGGGAGUAAAAGUAAAAUCCCUCGUCCUGUAAGCGCUUCGUUUCUACCGGAGCAGCUCAACAGCAGAUUUCUGCCUCGACCGCCUCCUGGAAAACCCCCCAUCCGUCCUUGUGUUGAUAGCAGGCGACGGCGCUUAAGGGUUCGUGCCAGCAGCACCAGCGAUGCAGACUUCUUGGCCAGCCUGACCCAGCUCAUGCAGGAUCGUGGAGGAUUGCUCCUCAGCCCCCCACAUCGCCUUCGCAGCUCCUCAUCCUCACUUCAGCGCUCGCUAAGCUCCUCCCCUUCGCGACAGGAGCUCCGGGAAGGCGGGGCGCUGCCGGGACGCUGCCAUUCCCCAUCCAGCCUCUCGGGCUCCCCGCCCCCGAGGCAAGCUGACCCGCAGGACCGGGCGGCAGGACCGGGUCUUUGGGGUCGCGGUUCCAGAGGACGGGGGCUACUGUGUGAGGGUAAAGGCAAAGUGACCCGAUGACUGUAUUUACCUCCGGCUGACCGAUCUGGACAACUGUAGAGACACGGCUUCACUUCCAGUCCCUGACAGCAUGUGUACAUGUAUUUACUCAAGGGAAUGUACUGUAUGUAAUUUAAAAUGUAUGAUAAAACGAGUUUAUUUAUUUAUGGGUUCGUUGGAUGUUGGGAGGAAAGUCCUAAGAUUGCCAACUCCGUUUACUCCCCCGUUAAAACUCCAGAAAAGCCUGAUAUAAGACCAAAAGGAUUUAAUACUUUGUGGGAUUUAAAAACCAUACUAACUGUAGAUAUGUAACAUCAGAAAAGUAGUAAUCAGUAAAUAUAAAAACCAUUUACUCACAUCACAAGCUAAACUGUAGAGAAAAAAAGAAACACCACAUGCCUGAUUCAGCAUAUAAAAUACAGAGCAGGAGCCUGUACUCCUGCAUCAACCUUACUUUUAUCAACUAUUGUUGUAUUAGCAAUGAGCUGCUCAUUUUGGCAAAAAUCUGUGUGUUAUUGUGCUUUUACUUUGCUAAUAAAUGUAUUGCAGCUAGCAUAUUAGAAUGUACAUUGCAAGUGCACUCGUUUAGGUAUUGUACAUUUGCAUGAAUAUUAUUGCAAAUAUUUUUUUAAAUUAUUUAUUGGUACAAUCAGCUGAAACAUCUGUAUUUUUAUUGAAUUGCUUAUCAAAAUACAUUGCAGCAUAGACCAG